AUGGUGUUUUCAGCCCUGUCGAGUACUUACCAGCUGUACAAGCAGGACACGGACUCUGUGGCAGCAUGGCUUGCCUCCACGGCCAAGUCUCUGGGGUACUCUACUGAUCUAUCUACCAGCAGUACAACUGCCGGUACCGGUCGCCUCAAGGGAAAGGCACGCGCUUCAGCUAAGAAGGGGGCGGCUUCUCCUAAGCCGUCGACUGGGGCUGCAGCCCCGAGGCAUGUCAUCAAUCUGAACGAAUUUGUCCCACUGGCCGAACAUAUUGCGGCGAAGGCCACCUCUGUGCCAGACACUGUAAGGACAACCAUUGACCGUGUCAUCGCUGUUCGUUCUGGUUUUGGUGCCAAGCUCGAAAAGCAUGGCAAGGUUCUUAGUGAGGUCUCAGAUGCAAAGCACCAAUACUUCAUCGGAGUGCUAGAGAAAGUACGCCAGGUACUAAUGCCUCUGAUGCUGGUCUCUGAUAUGCCCCAGGACAAGCCAACCGAUGAGAAGCUAAGCAAUCGAUUCGCCGGCCUUGCUGUCUACGAACCUUCACAAGAGUUCUUGGGCGCCCCCGCGGUAGAGAGACCCGCCAAGACUGGAGGUGAUACCGUUGUAUAUGAGGCCGAAAUCGAGACAUCCUUCGGACAUGCCAUCUUUGCUCUCGCCAGCGUCAUCAAUGACAUGAACCGUGUUCGAGCCCACGUACGGUGGAUAUGGUCUAAUUACAGAAUUGGCAUCUUCGAGCUUGCUGCAGCCGCUAUCGCCACCAAUACUGCUAUCGACCUUGUCAGGAACAUGAUGGAAGAUAUUCUCCCUUUGCUGAAUCGCAACGGGGGUCUAGCUACUAUGCUCUGCCAGCUCUAUGAUCUCCAAUGCUUGAUGAAAGGUUGGGCGAUUGACAACGUUUUCGCAGAAGGCCAAGACAAUUUCAAUUAUGAUACAUAUGACAUUGGAUAUGAGACAUACUUAACAACCUACCGAUUGCUUGAGUCAUUCAUCGAUUUGGCCCAACCCAAAGAUCUUCCCCUUUCCAAGAAGGACAUGUUUGGAUUCUACAAUACAGCGAGUCAUCGUUCACGCAAGACAGGAUUGCAGAAGUUCGAAGAUGACCGAGCACUACUUCUGGUCUUCUUCACUGAGCUCAUGACUAUUAUUAGAUGUGUCAAGAGUUGGCCCGUCAAGGAUGAGUUCCUGCGCGGUAUUGAAGAGCUAGAUAAAACAAGACAAGUCCCCUUUUAUGCCGUCUUCGCUGCCCAGGUCUUUCUCGAUAUCACCUAUGAGCUGGAAGAGGACAUUCAGAGACCUUUCAAUACGAUGGACAAACACCUCUCGGCCAUAGAUAACGACAUUACAGUACAUUUUGAGUUCCACGCAAAGGAAAAUAUUAACGACAUGUUAAUCCGAGAGGUCCAGCAGGCCGUCAAGUGGAUUGGUAAAGAUCCAUUACGUGAAGUGCGGGCCGAAAUGUGUAGAAGAGGAGGCGUUUCAAUGCCCAACAGCGAAAGCCAUCGCCUCUUCCGCAUGUCACCGGUCAUGAGUGGUCUAAUUCUCUAUUAUUUUCGGUCCUUGCACCGCGCGAUCGGCCUCGGUGUUGCUAAUGCUUUGGGGUCAAUUCAGUGCUGCCAACAUCUUUACAACGCACUGCGUUAUGAGGAGCUGUUGAACUAUAUAUGGCAAGACAUGGAGGUCAUCACCGCAAAUCUAGGCAAGGAUAGCUUCUACGUCGGUGGUGAGGUACCAAAGGACCCCCGGGCAUACUUCAGUAAAUUCUGUCUCCAAAUGGGAACCUCAGCAGCAGCUAUGACUAAUAAUAAACAACGCAAGAACACCCCCUUGUGGUCCAAGUCUGGAACACGUGGCUUGAAAGCUGCGUCGCCUGUUUUGUCCAUGUUUAGAGCACGCUACGUCCAAAACACCGGCCAGGUUGAUUUCACCCCCGAAUAUGUAAGCCAGAUUAUUGAACUCAGCCUAUUUGAGGCUAAGGGCACUAAAGAGGAGGGCCCAUUGACAAUGGGCCAAAUCAAGGAUCCCAAGAAGCUCAAGGAAAAGAAAAGGCUGAAACAUCUCGCCGAUGAAGGUAAAAGAAGGAGAGCUAAAACGGCGAUUGACAAUGGUAAUAUGCCCCUCGAACAACUCAUCGAACAUUUGGUCUUUGCUCUCGAUGCUGAGUCAAUUGAAUACGCGUUCCCUUACUUGACCAUGCACCGCGGGUGUUGGAGGCUUCUGCGAGCUGUCAAAGAUUCCUGCGACUCGUGCUUGAGACAGCUCUUUACCCCCGCGUACUUGGAGAACGAGAGUCAGCUUCCGUGGGUAGUUGGAUGGAUCCUCAUGGCAGCUAGAGGUUUGGAGGGUGGCGUAUCGGAUCGCCGACCACUGCAACUAGCGGCGGAAGCUGUGAAGUGUUUCUGUGAUGCUGGAACUUCCCGACUCAUUUAUGAACAAAUUUUAGGAAAACAGUUGGGAAUGCGGGUUGAAUUUGCCGAGGAAGAUGAGGAUAUUGAGCUCUAA